AUGGACAAAGCCUAUUUCCUGGAAGACACAACUUCUAAGCAACAGGAGGAUUUGCCUUAUGAUGAUGGUUUCUCCCAAGUUAAGAUAUACCAUGGUUAUAAUCUUACCUCAAGAUAUGACAUCCCUGAUGUUUCAAAUCAAAUGAAUUUAACAGAAGAUGAGUCUCAAGAAAAGGCUACAUAUAAAGAGACUUGCCAAGAGGCAGAUAUGACCAUGACUUUGGAUAAAACGACUGAAAAUGCUGUCAGCAAAACAUGUGAUAAAGAGAAUCAAUGCACCAUAAAUCUUCCUAUUCCAGCUAAUCAGGAAGACACUUCAAAGUCAAACAUUUCUGAUGUUUUACUCCAUCACCUUUGCAAAGAAGAAAUCUCCAAAGAUCAAGGCAUUGAUUGUGAAACUCUCCCAGAGAUCUCUAAUAAUGACAGUUUUGAUGAAGCUAUUAUUAAAAAUAUUAUUGUGUGGCAUGUUAAGAAUUCUUGGCCGACAGAACAAUCCUCAGAACUCACUGACCAACUCAACUCCAAAAGUGAUGAUGAAAAUAGCAAUAAGCCCAGUUGUUCUCUGACUAUGACAGAGGAAAACACCUCCGAUUCAGAUGAGUUAGUGGCUGCUGGAGAAAGCAACCAUGAGGAAAAUUCAAAUUUUCUAACUAAAAUCAGAAGUCUACAUGAUAAACAAAAAAGUUGCCUAUGUCAGACACCUCAGAAACAGGCUGAAAAAGUAAGCUCUGGCGACAAGUUCAAAUAUGGCCAUAGUCAAGUUUAUUACUGGUUCUCUGAUUUCUCUAAGGUUGCUCCCAAAGUGAAAAUUCCUAAAAAUAACAUAAUUGACAAACCACUUAUAACAGAUCCACAAGCCAGCUUUUCUCCUAAAUUGAGAGAGAAGUCAGCUGUUGGGCAAGAUAUUUCAGAAAUCACAUCUAGAUCAAAUUAUGUUGAAAAACAAGAGCAGACAUGGGAAACUACUGAACCUUCACAACGGGUGAAGAUGGAGCCCACAGUACAUAUCCACCAAGAACAUCUCGCAGGAAUAGAAUCUGAGCCGAAUCUCUCUAAGCUGCCAUCAACUUCUAAGGAAGACCCUUCCUUGAGUUCUUCCUACAUAUUUCAAAAGAUAUCCCAGGGGAAGGAGAUGUGUCAGAAGUUAAAAGAACAGACUGAUCAACUGAAGGCUAAAGUACAAGAAUUUUCCAAACGCAUAGCACAGGAUUCUCCCUAUCAUUUUCAACACAGAAGGCUGGUCCUGGAGAAAUUGCAGGGACGCCUCGAACUGCUGGAGCAGGAGUUUCUGGCCAACAAGGAGAAGCACCUGACACUGAAGGAGCAAGUCCACAGGCACGAAUCCCGAGCUGUCAACGACUCUGAUCCAGAAAGGAAAGUAGAAGGUGAAAUCUUCAAGUUGGAGAUGCUACUUAAAGAUUUUAAAGAGAAAAUUAAUAAAAGCAAAUGUACUUCAGCUGUCUCUCUUCUCGUGAAUUCUCCAAUCAACCUGGAUGACUUGUCAUUCACAUCCUCUCCACCCUCAAAUGAGGGCUCUCAGGCCCGUGUGCGUGAGAGGGGACAGGACGCCCCCCCACAUGGCCACAGGAGGCCCCCUCUUCUGAGGAGCUGGCCCCACAGCCCUAGCAAAGAGUGCAGCGAUGGGCUCCUCCUGAGGGUUCAAGAGGGAGAAGUGGACGGUGGGUUCCACGGGAGCCUGGCUGCCCAGGUUGGCGGGAAACCCUUUGCACAAAGGCGUCUGGGGGAGGGAGGGAGAAACCUUCCCGAGGCGCCUGUUCUAGAUCAGAGGUUGUCUCCAACUGCAGCGUGUCGAGGACUCACCUGUGGGUUUUACUGCAACGCUGGCUUUGAUUCAGUAGAUCUGGGUAUCAACAUUUCAACUAAUGUUUGCAAAACCACAGUCAAUGUUUUUAAGGCGGACAACCUAGAAAACACUCAGAGCAAACAGUGCUCACUAUUGAGAUCUUUAUCAUACAAAGUUGCUCUGACACAGUCUGGCGGAGUCCGCACGCGUGCUGGGCUCCGCCCAGGCAGCCGAGGGGUGAGUCAAAUCCUUGGUCGUAUCCACAUCUGUGUGUGUUUUCUGGUGCAGGAGAAGCCCAGCACCGCCUCGGGGAGGCAGGACCGUGCAGAGACGACCAGUGCAAGCUGUGCCUUCUGCCUCCGCCUACUUCCGUGGAAGCAAAAAACAGGGAAAAAAGAUCACAGAGGAAUUGACUGUGGAGGGUUUCCUAUUGCCAUUCAAGACAAGGUGCUGCACCCAGACUCAGUUCUCGGUUCUGAUAGAGGACACAGCUGCUGUUGUGCAUCUCGGAUUGGACUGCAGAGCAGUAAGUGUGAGAACUGUGGCACUAAGAUUCAUAACUCCCAGAGAGGCUGCAGUAAAGAAUCACCUAAAGAAUUUCAUUAUAGAUACAACACCCCAGGACAGAAUUUCUUUAAUCAUAGAGAAAGAAGUGCCUUUGCUCGGCUCCACUAUUUAAAUGAAAAUAAUUCUUCACCUACUCAUUCAGAACAAAAAUGGAUCUGUUUCCAGAGAGCAAAUCCCAAAUCCUGUAAUGAUGGAUGUGAACCCAUACCAAGAAAGUCAGACCUUGCUACACUCUCACCCCAUUCCCACUCCUGCAGGAUUUCUGAAAACACAUCCUCCAGCAACUUUAGCAGGAACAAAGAAACGGAAUCUGAGAUUUUAAAUUCGUCUUUGGAUCAUGCCCUAAGGACAGCAACCAUUUUGAAACAAACUACUGAUCAAAUGAUUAGAACAAUUGCAGAAGAUCUUGCCAAAGUACAAAGAUGGAGGAAAAAGUUGAAAUACUAGUUUGAUUCAAGGCAACCAAGGAUUAAAAAACAAAUGCAGAGAAAACUUGGUCUUCCCUCCAAAGGUAUUUUACUUAUUAUACAACUUAUGAAGAUGACCUUCUAGAGAAAAUACCAAAAUUGCAAGAAAUGGAGGACACAAUUUUUUAAAAAAAUGGACCUCUGAUUCUUAAAAAUCAAAGUCAACACAUAAUUGUUUAAAAAUAAAUGUUACUAACUUAUAAUAAAAGAAAUGAAAAUAGUAAAAUAUACUUUAACCUGUCAGUAUGGCAAAAACUAAAGUUUGAAAAACCCAGGCUGUGUCAGGGAAGAUGGGGGAGAUGAGUGCUCUCAUACACUGCUGGUAGAAGUACGUAUUAGUGCAACUCUGCUGAAAGGCAACUCGAUAAUUGCUACCAAAUUCUACAAAUUCUAAAGUAUUUACCUUCUGAGCAGCAAUUCCAUUACUAGGAUUUUGCUUUAUAAGUCACUCAAACAACAUGUCACAUAAUUUGUAUGAGGAUGGCCACUGAUGGGAAGGGCUCACA